AUGUUUCUAUUUUCGAUAAACAUGAACGAUAUAUUAAGUUCAAUUAAUGAAUUGAACUUUCAGAUUAUCGAAAGCACCAAUAAACAAGAAUUGAAUGCUAUAAAACAGAAAGUGAUCCAAAUAGACCAGGGCGCCUUAGAUAUAGACACUACAUCCUACGAGAAACGGAGAAUAAAGGACCACAUAGCCAAUUUGCACAAAGUAGUCGAUCUGAAAUUGAACUCUGUGGAUGUGAAAAAAUUCACCUUCAGAAAUGAACCCGUCCCGAACCCAUCCCCACACAUAGUCCACAAACACCACCAACAGCCGAAUUCUCAACUUACCCAACCGAAUAAUCCAUUGGCCACUCCAUUAAUAUCGGGUAUCAAAGGGGUCAAAUAUACCGCCUGCUCGAAAAGCAGCCACGUAUUGAUAACGGAUAUCUCGCAGUCAAUAGUCAUUACCGGAUCCACGCCUUCGUCAAUAAAUAUCCACAAUGGGUCCCAUUCCAUUUUGCAAUUGAAUUGUACGGGUCCAAUAUUUCUACACGACUUAGAGAACACGGUUCUAAUCUUACAAUGUCAUCAAUUGCGAUUGCAUAAUAUCGUCAACUCUACUAUACUUGUAGACGUUGCUAACGAUACAAUAAUAAUCGAAAAUUGCUCUAACUUGAGUAUUGGAAAUCAUCCGCAUCUAGAUGUGGCUACAUGUCGUCCAAUACAAGUAGAUGAUUUCAACCAGCCUACAGCUUCACCCCAAAAUGCCAACUAUUCGAAUAUAGAUAGUCAUGCCGAUUAUGCAUGGAUACAAGAUGUGGAUGAUGGAGCCUUACAGUCACAAGUGCAGCAAUUAUUACCAUAA